AUGAAAUUCGACGCCAAAUCCCUCUUCAUCUCUUGCCUGCUCACUGGGCUUAGCUCAGCCGCUCCGGCCGCUGAUCCCAAUGCCCAGAUCGACCUGCCGGUCCUGACCCUGACCGGCGGUAUUAUCGGUCCCACGCUGGCUCCGAUCCCGACCCUGAUCCCGCCCACGUGUACGAAAUUCGUUGAUGGCGCGCUGGUGACGCCGUCCUGCUACACGCACACGACGACGGCGCCGUGCACGACGCUCAAAUCGUGCCCGCUGCCGACGAAGCCGAUCGUGUGCCCCGCGGUCAUCAAGAUCACGACCAUCUCCGUGCCUUGCAGUACGGACUGCUGCCCCGUGACGCCAACCAAGACUGUCACUCCUCGGGCGUGCCAGACCUGCAUCACCGGCUGCGUGAUUCCGACCGAGACCAUUACCGUUACCACUGGAUGCAAGCCUACGCUGACCGUGAACCCUCCGCCAACAUCUCUCACUGUCAUCCGGCCAACGCUCACUACAAUCAGGCCGCCCCUUCACACAGCGGUCAUCGAUCCUAUCCUCGAUGUUGCGUGA